CAAGAUACCGCGUGUUUCUCACAGUAUAUGUUAGUGGAGAUGAAUCGGCAGUAGAACGAGAAUAUAAGCCAAUAUGUCACGUUAAGUGUACUUGAAUGCUAGUGCGUGCUUGCUGCUAGUGCCCCCCAACAGUGGGUUAACGCUAAAUACUUUAUGGUAGGAGACAAGUUAUGAAGGAGAAGAGGGCUUGAACUGUGAUUAAACAUUUUGGAAUACGCCGUAUGGAUUCUUAAUGUUGAUCCUUGCGUUUUCAAAGCUGAGUAGAGCAGCGGUGCGUGUGAGGAGACUGACGGCUCAACUCUGCAAAGUAACCAUGUCCACAAACCACCAGGACUCCAGUCCGUCCUCUGCAGUCAACGGGGAUCCUCGCACUGCAGCCAUUCUCAUCAUUGGAGAUGAGAUUCUCAAGGGUCACACCGUUGACACCAACAGUGGCUUUCUGACACGGGCACUAAGGAGGCUUGGAGUUUCUGUGCAGCGCAUAACAGUCAUACCAGAUGUACAAGAGGUCAUUGCCAAAGAGGUGGCCCUCCUUUCUUCUCAGUAUACACACCUCUUUACCUCAGGGGGCAUAGGCCCCACCCAUGACGAUGUCACCUUUGAGAGCGUUGCCAUGGCAUUCCAAGAGGAGCUACAUCCCCACCCUGAGCUCGCCCAGCUGGUUGAGGAAUUCUUUGGGGUUGUGGAUAAGAGCAGUGCUCCUAUGAAGCUGGCCAUGGUGCCUCGCUCAGCCAAACUCAACUAUGGAAUUGACCCUCAGACUGGACAGCCUCAACGCUACCCAGUGGUCAGUGUGCGUAACGUGUAUAUCUUUCCUGGGAUCCCGGCUCUGAUGGAGAGGGCCUUCAGUGGGCUGGAGCACCUCUUUGCUGGUUCAGGGACCACGUUUCACUUUCGUGAGGUGUUUGUGAACGCAGAUGAAACGGAGAUCGCCCCCGUGCUGACCAAACUGCAGGCUGCUUGGGGCCGGAAGGUGGCUCUGGGCUCCUACCCUGCCUGGCUGAGCAACUAUCACAGAGUCAGGCUGUACCUGGACUCAGAUAGCCAGGAGGAGGUGGACAAAGCCCGGGCACAGCUGGUCGACGAGCUGCCCAAGGGUAGCGUGGUGACCUUAGUCACUGACCCGGUGUCUGUCGCCACAGCUGAGGUGUACACACUGGCCAAGAGUGGCACACCAUUGGGCAACAAAGUUAUGUCUGCGCUGAAAACAAUAGAGGCUGCACUGGAUCAGUAUUCGACAGAGGAGGUCUGCGUCGGCUUCAACGGAGGCAAAGACUGCACGGCCUUGCUCCAUCUCUACUAUGCAGCGCUGAAACGGCGGUAUCCAGAUGUUAAAGAAAAGGUGAAAGCUCUUUAUAUCCGUAUUGUCUCUCCAUUCCCAGAAAUGGAGAGAUUCCUUCAGGACACUAUAAAAAGAUAUGACCUGGAGAUUAUCUCCGUUGAGGGCAGUAUACGGCAGGCGCUGAGCGAGGUGCAGGAGCGGAGGCCGGAGCUGAAAGCCGUCCUGAUGGGGACCAGGAGGAGUGACCCAUACUCGCACACACUCACGCCCAUGUGUCCCACUGACCCCGGCUGGCCAGACUAUAUGAGAGUCAACCCGUUACUAGAUUGGACGUAUCACGACAUCUGGUCGCUCUUGAGGACCUUAUAUGUGCCCUACUGUAUUCUCUAUGAUAAAGGGUACACUUCGCUGGGCAGUAUGGACAACACCUGUCGAAAUGCUUCCCUCCGGGUGGUGGAUGAGAAGGGGGUGACUCGAUACAAGCCAGCCUACCUCCUGGAGAAUGAAGAAGAGGAGCGAAACUCCCGGGCCUGAUGUAGUCUCGCUUCUUACCGUGUCACCUGUUGCUGAUGAUGGAGCCAGAAUUUCAGAUCUCAAAUCAUCCCCCUGCGCACACAUAGAACUGACAUUUUUAUCAAGACCUCAUGUGUAUAUUUUCAGAAUGAGAUUGUGAAGAAAGUCUGUAUGUCUGUGUGUGUAGGAGCGAGCAUGCAUAUAAAUGUGUUUCACUCUAAAGUAAUGGCUCUCUGUCCUGUUGAAUAAAACAUCAAUCUGUGUCAUCUUU